CAAGGCAUCUCAAUAUUCUGAUUCAUGCAUAAGCUAUGUAUCUCGACAGUUCACACAAAGCCGUCGUAGACGCUAAUCUCAACAUGGAGCCGCCAUGCCAAGCACCAUAUCCGGUGCGGCUGGGCUGCCUUCAGCCUCGUUCAGAAUUCUGGUUACUUCCGGCGGGGCUUUUAGACAGUCAAGUCGUCGACCUCCAGAGACCCGCGAUUUGAUCAGCCUCUAGACAUUAUGCCGCAGUAUGGUUCAAUGCCGCCGCCAGGGCCUUAUAUUCCACCGAAUCAAGGUACUCCUGCGCAAGGUUACCAGUCGCAACAGCAGCCAGGCUUCCAGCAGUCACCGGUACCUUUGCCGUACCAGCCCCAGGGCGCGGCGUCGAAAUAUGGUGCUCCGGGCUACCCGCAGAAGGCUGGGGGUACGUUUGGGCAGAUGAUGAACCAGGCGGUUACCACUGGGAAACCAAUGUUGAACAAGCUGGGCAAGACGAUAAGCUCAAAGCUAGGGAGCAAACCUCCUGCCGGCCCGCCGCAGCAUCUGCAGAGCUAUCAGAACUACCAAGACCACCAUGGCCAGCAGAAUCAGUCGCAGGGCUAUCAACAACAGCCGAGCCAGUCGUUCAGUCCUCAACCACAGCAGCAGCAGCAGCAGCAGCAGCAGCAACAACAACAACAACAAUGGGGGCAACCACAGCAACAUCAGCAACAACAGGCGCCGAAUGCGUUCACCCCGCCUCAACAGUCUCCCUACCAGCAGUCAAACUUUGUGACUCCCGCGUCGGGUCUCUCGGGACAAAGCAACUACUUCCCCCAGCAGACGAAUCAAGUACCGAACUCGCAGCCUCAGACGUCGCAACCAUCGCCCAAUAUGCCCACAUACAACGCGACACAAGUUGGACCAAGUGGGCUCACAGUGGAGCCGUAUACACAAGGACAACAAGGGCAGUCUGGUCAGGGCCAAACGAUGUCGGGCCAGCCGCAACCUCCGUUCCAGCAAGAGCAACCUUUGCAAGGUCAAUAUACUGGGCAGCAGAUGGGUGUGGUAGGAGGCAUGCAAAGCCCACAGCCCCAGUACAGCCCGUCCCCACACAUGCCGAGCGUCUCUCCAGAGCCUCCUGCCCAGCCAACACAGUCACAAUGGGGCUAUCCUCAGCCAGGUACUGGACAGCUGCCAUCUCCAGGUGCUCAACAACAGGCUGUCAAUCCUAUAAACUCAUUACAGCCCCUCCCUAGUCCGCCAAUCAAGCAUGAUCAACAACAGUGGAAUAGCAUGCCUCCAGUAAGUCCGGGAGGUCAAGGACAGGGCCAAUUGCCUCCUCAUUCGAUUAGUCCGCCGCCACCACAGCAAAUGAACUUGUCACCACAGAUUCCACCAAACAAGCCUCAUGAUUCAAAUCCACCGCCAAAACCCGCGUCUCAGCACACCGCUCCGCAGCCCGGGCCGCCAGAAUUCAUCGCAGAGUUACCGGCUAGUAUGGACAAUCUGAACAUGGUUGAACCGAAGCAUCAAAGGUAUGAGCAGUCGGCACAAGGCCCACAAUUUCAAGCAUACAAUCCGUCAAGACAGCAAAGUAAAUCACCUCCAAGCGGAUUUACCAUCCCUCGGCGGUCUGUCAGUAUCAGCAACGUCCCCUUGGCCGAUCCAUGGAGAAUUGCCGAUCCAGUUACAGAAGCGCCGACGCGAGAGUUCUACAUUCUCGCUGAUCUGCUCUUUGACGCCCUUGAUCGAAAGUUUGAGCCGAGAAACACGGGCCUACUAGAAGCCCCUAAAAUCCUGGGCAGUUGGGUGAGAUUAACCGAAGACGCACAUGAGUUGUUCUCGUACCGAUCGUAUAGCGCGCUCGCGAAAUUGUGGAGCCUCGAGGGCAUUCCGCACAUGAUGGUGCCAUGCCAACCAGGGUUAAUUCCGAUCUGGAAUUUCCAUCAGCACUCGCAUGCGCAAGACCUGAAAGUGAUUGCUAAGCCACCGACGCCGAUGUCUACAUACGCGACCUAUAUGCCGGCUCUCAACCGGCCAGCAUGGUACAAGUUUUUCUUCCUCGAGGUGCUGCAUGCGCCUGGGGACAUUGACGACGUGAUACCAGCACUGUGUGCGGAAACAUAUAAGCCUGGGAUUCUCAAUCACCCUGAUCUCAAUAGGCGUGACAGGUCUGAAAUUCCUGCCUUGCAGGCGAGAGCUGCUGCAAUACAGACGUAUUCGAUCGCGCGGGUCUGUGAAGAAACCAAGGCUGCCAUGAAGGCUGAUGCAGAUGCUGGAUCCGGACAGAAUCAUGCGGCUGGACUAGCUGCGGGCUCGGUUCAAGCCAGCGGGAACAUGGCGCAAGAAGCAUGGCGGUGAAAUUAGACAAGAUGCAGCUGGCACGUCAUUUUCCGACUAUUUCCAACUACUUGGCUGUCUGCAGCGCUGGGCAAUGCCUCUUGUUAGUCGUGUCUAGAGCCAUAAUUGGUCAAGUCACUGUCCACCCCCGCGUUUCAGCUCAUGAUAGCAUUCAUGCAUAUAGUGUGUUCGUAGUCUAAUGUGUACCACCGAGAUCCAACCAU